CCAACGCCCGUUCCCAAGCCAGCCGCGGCACGCACGCAGCCGACAUGCCUUCCGCCCCAAGCCUGUCAGCGAAUCACACGCAUCCUCGAGAGCGCGCCGUCGUUGGCUGCUGCGCGCAUGGGAAUGGGAGCCAGGGCCUCUUCCGAGUCCAGCGCACGGUCGUCCGGCAGGCAGGCCUGGGUCCGUCGGAUGGCAGAAGGGGUCCCGCGGCGCUGGGAAGGUGCACAGUCAGAUUGACAUGCCUUGGCUGUCGAUGGGGUCGUGACGCAGCUAUGUGUCGACGAGCUUGUGUAGAUGAUCGGCCAUUCAGUUGGUUGUCAGAUGCGGAGGGAUGGAGACCGGAUCCAACCAUGGUUCGUCGAGGGCCUACGCAUUAUACGUCGGAAGACGUACAAGUCUGUAUCAAAAGGAGGGACCUUCUGGAGCGCUUCGUGGCUUCCGGCGGACGUCAGACGGAAAGACUCGGUUGGCGCCAUCCCUCCCAGUGGGCUAGAGUAGACCUACUUACGGCAAGAGGGAUAGGGGUACGAAGCCAAUGCGAAUGCGACGCCUGCAGGCAAGGCAAAGACCGCCCGGAGCCUGUUGGCGAGGACUCAGAUGUCCUCUACCCGAGGUAUGAUAGGGCUCGAGCACAUCCUACAACAUCACAUGACCAGGCGGACAGCGCCGGGGCGAGACAGCGAUAGUAG